AUGGCUGCUCAUCAAAUAUGCUUACAAGUAUGGUUGGCUGUAUCUCUCCUCACAGAUGCAUUGGUGGCAUCUGGUCAGGCCUUGAUUGCAAGUUCUUCUUCAAAAGGUGAUUACAGAACUUUGAGGGAGGUUGUAAACUUUGCGUUAAAGGUUAAUAGGAUUGCUCACAAGGUUUCCUUGGCUGCAAUUUUGGGUUUAUCUUUUGGUUCUUUAGCCACCUUAUUCACUAAGGAUGCUGAAGUCUUAAGAGUUGUCAGAACUGGGGUUUUGUUUGUCAGUGCCAGCCAACCUGUAAAUGCUCUAGCUUUUAUUUUUGAUGGUCUCCAUUAUGGUGUUUCAGACUUCCCAUAUGCAGCUUGUUCCAUAAUGGUGGUAGGGGCAAUAUCUUUUGCAUUUCUGCUAUAUGUUCCUUCAAUUUUUGGUCUUCGUGGUGUGUGGGCAGUCUUGGCUUCUUUUAUGGGGCUGCAUAUGUUGGCAGGAUAUAUCAGAAUAUCAUCCAAAAAUGGUCCAUGGUGGUUUCUGCUUCAGGACUUGGAAGGGAUCUGA